AAGAGAGAGCGGUAGUGUGUGGAGUGAAUUUGUUCUACUCUCCCAAAGAUAUUUAGAAGAAUAAAAACUCUUUCAUAUGGAUUAAUGAAGACUUACUGGAUAUAGCAGAAACCUUGUUGGAUUUUCUUACUCAACGCUAUGGUGGCUUACGAUGAACUGGGUAGCUUGGUGCCUAUCAAACGGACUCUACAAGCUAUAGACUGUCAGAACCGAGGCAACAAAGACUCAGAGGAACCCAGCAACAAGCGUGUCCGUCCUCUCGGCAGGGUGACCUCGCUGGCUAACUUCAUCUCCCCCGUGAGGAAUGGGGCCGUCCGGCGCUUCGGCCAGACCAUCCAGUCCAUGUCCUUCCGGGGCGAUGGCAAUGGUGGCAAGACGCCRGGCGUGCCCCAGAAGCCAUGCAGUAAGGCGGCGGCGCCCACGCCGCCCAAGAGACGCAACAGCACGCUGUGGUCGGAGACAUUAGACGUCCACCAGAAGGGCACCUUCUCCACCAAGGAGAUCAAGAGACAGGAGGCCAUAUUUGAGUUGACUCGCGGAGAACAGGACCUGAUUGAGGACCUCCAGCUCGCACGCAAGGCGUACCACGACCCCAUGCUGAAGCUGAGUAUCAUGUCGGAGGAGGAGCUGACCCAUAUCUUCGGGGACCUGGAUGCCUACAUCCCCCUCCACGAGGACCUGCUGGCCCAGCUGGCCAGAGCCACCGGCCCCGAUGGCACCGUGGGACAGAUAGGACAAAUUGUUGUCAGCUGGUUGCCAGGGCUGAAUGCAUACCGAGACUACUGCAGUAACCAGGUGGCGGCCAAGGCCCUGUUGGACCAGAAGAAACAGGACCGGAGGGUGCAGGACUUCCUGCAGCGCUGCCUGGAGUCUCCCUUCAGCAGGAAGCUGGACCUGUGGAGCUUCCUGGACAUCCCCCGCUCCCGCCUGUUCAAAUACCCCCUCCUGCUCAAAGAGAUCCUCAAACACACGACGCCCGAGCACCCUGACACUCCCCACCUGGAGCUAGCGAUCACCAUCAUCCAGGGUGUGUUGUCUGACAUCAACAUGAAGAAGGGGGAGUCAGAGAGCCAGUACUACAUAGACAAGCUGGAGUAUCUGGACGACAGGCAAAGAGACCCGCGCAUCGACCAGUGCAAGAGUCUGUUGUGUCACGGCGAGCUACGCAACAAGAGCGGAACAAAGCUGCAUGUGUUCCUGUUCACAGAGCUGUUGGUGAUGACCCGGCCUGUGACGCGGAACGAGCACCACUGUUUCCAGGUGUACCGGCAGCCAAUCCCGGUGCAGGACCUGGUGCUGGAGGACCUGCAGGAUGGAGACGUCAAAAUGGGUGGCUCCUUCAGAGGAGCAUUCAGUAACUCAGACAAAGCCAAGAACAUCUUCCGUGUGCGUUUCCAUGACCCGUCUCGGGGCCAGUCCCACACGCUGCAGGUCAACGACGUCUUCCACAAGCAGCAGUGGCUCAACUGCCUGCGCAGCGCCAUCUCCGUCCACCACCCCGCCGACGCCGCCGUCACCACGCCCGCUUCCUCCCCGGCAGCCGACGCCCACUCCAAGCGGCUCUCCUCCAAAAUCUCCUCCGUCAUCCACACGGAAGAGGCCGACGAGAACUGCCCUUUGACGCCUGCAGGUGCAACGUCCGCCUCCAGUUCGCUAUGCGGGGACGAGACCCCCAGUCCCACCUCAACAUCUCCCUCCUCCCGCUCCUCAUCCUCCUCUUCAUCACCACUAUCCUCCCCGUCGCCCAAACACAAAACCAAAAAGGACAAGCGCUCCCUCUGUGCUUUAGGGAAGAGGAAGGAGACCAUGGUGUAAUUAGAGGGGAGAAAAAGGACUCCUGGGCGAGCGGACAAUAUGUUUGUACAUAAGGAGGAGGGGGGGUUCUGGGUGUUCCCUCCCCGUGGGACUUUUAUUUAUGCAUCUGUGUGUUUAUUACAACAGUGUUUUGUGUUACUGUCCYCAUUGGCAGCUAUUUACAUUACCCUUCCAUCCCUCCACUGUUUGGUUCUGUCCACAAAGGGGCUAAGUGCAUACCAUUCAGUAUUCUGGAGAGGCCUGCUUGGCUUUCAGUAAUUAGAUAGAAGUCGUGCAUAUAGUCCUGUUUACUAUUUGAUUUUUUAAAUUGAAGUUUUACUAUUUUUUUUUCAAUCUGAACUUACUGUAGCUCUAUGUUUAAAACGACACUGUUUCUAGCUUUUUGCUGUUGUUAUUUAACACUUUUUGGGGAGGUGGAUAGAAGGGAAGAGUUCCCACAAUAGAUGAGAUGUAUACGAAACUGAAAACUAUACAUUUUGAUAAGUCUGAUUCGUAGGUGUACUGGAGGACGGGUCUUAUUUUUGUACAUUCCUAAUAACAGAUAUUUUUUUAUGGUCCGGACACCUUUUUGCAUCACCUGCAGUUGAAGGCAUUAACUUUAAUCAAAUCGCAUUUUAAUGGGAAAAAACAUUCAUUGCUACAGAAUGUAGUAAUUUUAUGUCAAAACACAUAUCAAAUGAGAUUUUGUUUUACUACAAUGUAAAAACAAUUUAAACUGAGCCAUGUUGGUUUAAAAAGCUGACUCUUCCAAAUGAAAAUUGAUCACUUUUCAAUGUAGCAAUCUUGCAUGGAGCUUUAGUUGUUGACACUGCCACUACGCAGCCACAGUACUGGCAGGAGAAUAUACAUGCUUGUCUGAUGGGUUGGGAUCUACUAAGGAGAUGACGUAUAGCUGAAAGAAACCACAAAGAUGGAUUGAGAAAAGCAAAAGAGUAUGUUAGAAGAAGACUUAAGAGAUGUGGAAAAAAGAGGGAAAUGUUGAAUGUGUUUGAACUGAGAAGUUGGGGUUUUUGUUUUCAAGGUGUGUGUAGCCACUAGCCACGCAAUGAUGGAGCUGUGAUGUGGUGCCUUGUCCAAAAAUGGAGGUUUGAGGCACUGGUCAAAAGCCAGUGAGAAAAAUGAAAAGAAAGACUAUGUAUGUUAUAGGGAGAAAACUGAUGAAGGUGUUAUGAAAGUGUUGAAGAAGGAAAAUGAAUGAGGUUUGAAAAGGGGAUGGAAAAGAACUGUACUGAAAAGUAAAGGGCUGUGAUAUGACUGCCAUGGCCUGUAUGUGGUGUUAAAAAAACAACACAAAAAUCUAUAAUAAAGAUCUGUGAAAGAGUUGCAUCUGA